AUGGACAUUGAGAAGGUCAACUCCAUGGACUUUGGAGAAUUCGUGGAUGUGUUUGGGAAUGUCAUUGAGAGAUGUCCUCUGAUUGCAGAUGCUGUUUGGUCCCAGCGACCAUUCUCUGAUUUGGAAGAUUUAGAGAAGCACUUUUUUGCCUUUAUUGAUGCCCUUCCACAGUCAGGCCAGGAGGGCAUCCUGCGCUGCCACCCGGACCUGGCGGGCAGCGAGCUGCAGCGGGGCACGCUCAGCGAGUCGCAGCGGGAACAGAGCGGCGCAGGCCUGACGAGCCUGGGCGCGGACGAGCGGCUCCGGCUGGCCGAGCUCAACGCGCAGUACCGCGCGCGCUUCGGCUUCCCCUUCGUGCUCGCCGCGCGCUUCAGCUACCGGACUGCAGUGCCGCGCGAGCUGGAGCGCCGGCUGCUCUGCCCGCAGGAGCUGCGCACUGCUCUGGGCGAGGUGAAGAAGAUCGGCAGCCUGCGCCUGGCCGGCCUCCUCCGCUCCGACCCCGCCAAGCUGUAG